CUACAUGCACUGCACUCAGGCCUCUUUUGCCACUACACCGCAUUUUCAACACCACAAGAGUUGCCUGAAUUCUUCUGAUCAAACAUGCAGUCCGCCGAGACCAGACUGAACAAAAACUCUUUGCUGCUGGCGCUGAAGCGCUACAGCGCUGUUGUCAAAAACAUGGAACAGACUGUCCUGCUUCCCAGCCUGCUGAGAGACGUCCCAUCUGAGGAUGCACUGGACUGCGAGGCUGCAGAGAACUGCAAGGACCUGUACGAGUACUAUCACAUGCUAAAAGCCAUCAGGAACAAAGUAGAGAGCGGCCUUGUCCCCACUGAGGACGGUCCAGUGAAGAGGCACGUCGCUCUGCAGAAAACCCUGGAGCAGCUGAUGGAGGAUGAGCCAGAGGCACUUUUCUACUUCCACCUGAGAGGCCUGUUCUCAGUCAUGGGCACCCUGACCAAGAAAUCUAAAAACCUUACAGAGAAAUAUCUGGACAUUGUGGGCACUGGACAUUAAAUGCUUUUGCAACAGUUGUUACCGUUUGUCCAUUUGUCAGCAACAUUAUCAAUGGUUCACUUGGAUAUAAAAGCUCAGUACCAAGUGUAUGUAAUCACAGCAAAUCUGUUGAACAUCUGUUUGCACAAAGCAAAAUAUCUAAAAUUAUGUCAAGUGCAAUAAAAUUACAGUUGUCACUUUACCCUUC